CCGGGGCGCCGGGGCUGGAACGCACCCGCGCGGCUCCCGACGAGAGUUUGUGGGUGGGGGCUCCGAAGCCUGGGACGGGUCGUCUGGGCAGUGUUUGGCGGGUUGCCCGAGGCAGUUGGGGUUGGCAGAGGGAAGUCGCGGAGGCGCUGGGAUCGAGGACUCCUAGGUCCGGGGCUCACUACCCGCGUCGCCCGCCGCCUGCCUCAUGCCUUCCUCCCUCCCUCCACGGGGCGAGUUCCAGGCUUGCCCGGAGGAGGGGGACCUGGCAAGGACUGGGGGAGGGGCUGGCCUGAGGUUUUUGCUGUGGGGCUAGUCUCUGAGUUUGUGGGAGAAUGUGAUUCCAUUUUGGGGAGAGGAACCGGUCUGGGCAGAGGGAGGGAUGCCCUCUGUCUGCGGGAGUCCCUCUCCCUCCCCUCACCGCAAACCGUGGGAAUGAAAGGGGUGGGGUCGGCUCCCCAUACCCUCCAAGGCCUGUUGUAGGGUGGGCAGGGGAGCUGACUUUAUUCAGAGCAGGCUCUGGGGCUCGACUGAAAGGCUAGAGGUGGAAUCAGGCGUGGGAGCCUCUUUGCCCAUAUCCUCCCCUUACCAGACUACCCUUGUGAGCUGGAGGGACCUGGUGGGUGUUGCAUGGUAAGGGGUGAUGUGGGAGCCCUCUGCAGUCUUUAGGGAGAGCGAGGACGAGGACACGGAAGGAGGAAGAUGGCAGCGGGCACUGGACAAAUACAGGGCCUGGGAAGCUCCUUUACAUCUGGAAAGGCCCAGAAUUGAAGAAUUGAGGCCCACGUCCCAGUUUGGUGGGAGGUGCUGGCACUGCUGGGCCCUGCCUGGGCAGUGCCUCUUGCCAUGAACUUUCUGAAGUCGUUUUAAAUCCCCUGGAGCCUCCUUUUGCCAAGGAGGGUAGGGUCAGAUGGGCCCUGGGGAUGGGAUAGACAGGAGGUGGCCAGGAAGGCUUGGUGAGGCAGUGGGCAGAGCCAUCCUUAGGACUGGGCCUUGGCCUUGGCUGGCUCCAGACUCUGGUCUCAGGCUGAUCAGGGUUUGGGAGGGACUUGAGGUCUGGGAGGCACUGAGCCUGAGCCUGCCAGGCUGAAUGGGACAUGGCUUCAGCUGUGGGAGCGGGUGGUGUGGGGAGCGGCAGAUCUGUGAGAGAGCAAAGGGACCAACGCUCAGGGGAGGAGGAGGUCAGAGGCGCAAGGCUUGGGAGCCUGACUCUGGGGAGGAGAGAGGUGGUCUGUGCUCCCAGGGCUCAUAGUGAUGGGUUGCUGGACAGAGUGGGUUGGGGGGACCAUAUAGAGAAGUUUUGUGGCUUGGAACUGUGCCCUCCCCUGUUCCCUGCCAUACCAGUCUGGCAUGGGGUGCCAGAAGUGUUGGGAGGCCGGCAAGUUCUCCAGGAUGGGCAGUACCUGGAGUGGAGCCCAGGGUGGGAUGGCUGCAGUUGAUUGGACAAUCACACAGCUCUGAAGCUAUCCCCUUGGGGGCUCAGAGUGUUCCUGGGAGGGUCAUUCGUUCUCCUGGAUAGUGUCUGCCCCUUUCUCUGUGGGUAUGAGCCAGAUGCUAGGAUGUGUUUCCAGGGGGCUGGGAACAUGGCCAGAAACUAGUCCUUUGGGAACGGGUCUGGGCCAGUGGUGGGGGCAGGGUGCGGAGGGAGAUAAGAACGGGGAAGGGGACUGGUGAAUGGGAGGAGGCUGAAGCAAAAUGUUGUGGGUGGUAGAUGGUGGUGGGAAACCAGCUUACUCUGGGCUCUGUCUCCAACAGCUCUGGGGACUGACAGCCAAGGACACAGGGACUGAUAGAACCAGGUAUCUGUCUGGCUGGAAAGACACGUGUUCUUGCGCAUGAUUUUCUCAUCUUUCCAUCUCUUGAUGAUGACAGAGGUUUGGGCUUAAAUUGUUGUAGAGUGAGGAAAAGAACUAAUAUUUUUCAGCAACAUGUCAUGGUUUAGUGGCCUCCUGGUUCCUAAAGUGGAUGAACGGAAAACAGCCUGGGGUGAACGCAACGGGCAGAAGCGUUCACGGCGCCGCGGCGCUCGGGCGGGUGGCUUCUGCACGCCCCGCUAUAUGAGCUGCCUCCGGGAUGCAGAGCCACCCAGCCCUACCCCUGCGGGCCCCUCUCGGUGCCCCUGGCAGGAUGACGCCUUCAUCCGGAGGGGCGGCCCAGGCAAGGGUAUGGAGCUGGGGCUGCGGGCAGUGGCCCUGGGCUUCGAGGACACCGAGGUGACCCCGGCAGCGGGCGGGACAGCUGAGGUGGCGCCCGACGCUGUGCCCAGGAGCCGGCGAUCCUGCUGGGGGCGUCUAGUGCAGGUGUUCCAGUCGAAGCAGUUCCGUUCAGCCAAGCUGGAGCGCCUGUACCAGCGGUACUUCUUCCAGAUGAACCAGAGCAGCCUGACGCUGCUGAUGGCAGUGCUGGUGCUGCUCACCGCGGUGCUGCUGGCCUUCCACGCCGCGCCUGCCCGCCCUCAGCCUGCCUAUGUGGCCCUGCUGGCCUGCGCCGCCGCCCUGUUUGUGGCGCUCAUGGUGGUGUGUAACCGGCAUAGCUUCCGCCAGGACUCCAUGUGGGUGGUGAGCUAUGUGGUGCUGGGCAUCCUGGCGGCAGUGCAGGUGGGGGGCGCCCUCGCAGCCGACCCGCACAGCCCCUCUGCAGGCCUCUGGUGCCCCGUGUUCUUCGUCUACAUCGCCUACACGCUCCUCCCCAUCCGCAUGCGGGCUGCUGUCCUCAGCGGCCUGGGCCUCUCCACCCUGCAUUUGAUCUUGGCCUGGCAACUCAACCGUAGUGAUGCCUUCCUCUGGAAGCAGCUCAGUGCCAAUGUGCUGCUGUUCCUCUGCACCAACGUCAUUGGCAUCUGCACACAUUACCCAGCAGAGGUGUCUCAGCGCCAGGCCUUUCAGGAGACCCGCGGUUAUAUCCAGGCCCGACUCCACCUACAGCAUGAGAAUCGGCAGCAGGAGCGGCUGCUGCUGUCGGUAUUGCCCCAGCACGUUGCCAUGGAGAUGAAAGAAGACAUCAACACAAAAAAGGAAGACAUGAUGUUCCACAAGAUCUACAUACAGAAGCAUGACAACGUCAGCAUCCUGUUUGCAGACAUUGAGGGCUUCACCAGCCUGGCAUCCCAGUGCACCGCGCAGGAGCUGGUCAUGACCCUGAAUGAGCUCUUUGCCCGGUUUGACAAGCUGGCUGCGGAAAAUCACUGCCUGAGGAUUAAGAUCUUGGGGGACUGUUACUACUGUGUGUCAGGGUUGCCAGAGGCCCGGGCAGACCAUGCCCACUGCUGUGUGGAGAUGGGGGUGGACAUGAUCGAGGCCAUUUCCUCAGUUCCACAAGAUGCUGCUGGGCCCCUGCUGGUGAACACAGUCCUAACAUUUGUCCUUGAGCCCCAUGCAGCCUUCUACUCAUGUCCAACCAAGGCUGUGCUCCCGUCCCCUGCAUCUGGGCUGGUACGUGAGGUGACAGGUGUGAAUGUGAACAUGCGCGUGGGCAUCCACAGCGGACGCGUGCACUGUGGCGUCCUUGGCCUGCGAAAAUGGCAGUUCGAUGUGUGGUCUAAUGACGUGACCCUGGCCAACCACAUGGAGGCAGGAGGCCGGGCUGGCCGCAUCCACAUCACUCGCGCAACGCUGCAGUACUUGAAUGGGGACUACGAGGUGGAGCCAGGCCGUGGUGGCGAGCGCAACGCAUACCUCAAGGAGCAGCACAUUGAGACUUUCCUCAUCCUGGGCGCCAGCCAGAAACGGAAAGAGGAGAAGGCCAUGCUGGCCAAGCUGCAGCGGGCCCGGGCCAACUCCAUGGAAGGGCUGAUGCCGCGCUGGGUUCCCGAUCGCGCCUUCUCCAGGACCAAGGACUCCAAGGCCUUCCGCCAGAUGGGCAUUGAUGAUUCCAGCAAAGACAACCGGGGUGCCCAAGAUGCCCUGAACCCUGAGGAUGAGGUGGAUGAGUUCCUGAGUCGUGCCAUCGAUGCCCGCAGCAUUGAUCAGCUGCGGAAGGACCACGUGCGGCGGUUUCUGCUUACCUUCCAGAGAGAGGAUCUUGAGAAGAAGUACUCCCGGAAGGUGGAUCCCCGCUUCGGAGCCUACGUUGCCUGUGCCCUGUUGGUCUUCUGCUUCAUCUGCUUCAUCCAGCUUCUCGUCUUCCCACACUCCACCCUGAUGCUUGGGAUCUAUGCCAGCAUCUUCCUGCUGCUGCUGAUCACCGUGCUGAUUUGUGCCGUGUACUCCUGUGGUUCUCUGUUCCCUAAGGCCCUGCAACGUCUGUCCCGCAGCAUCGUCCGCUCGCGGGCACACAGCACUGCAGUUGGCAUCUUUUCCGUCCUGCUUGUGUUUACCUCUGCCAUUGCCAACAUGUUCACCUGUAACCACACCCCAAUACGGACCUGUGCAGCCCAGAUGCUGAAUUUAACACCUGCUGACAUCACUGCCUGCCACCUGCAGCAGCUCAAUUACUCUCUGGGCCUGGAUGUGCCCCUGUGUGAGGACACCGCACCCACCUGCAGCUUCCCUGAGUACUUCAUCGGGAACAUGCUGCUGAGUCUCUUGGCCAGCUCUGUCUUCCUGCACAUCAGCAGCAUCGGGAAGUUGGCCAUGAUCUUUGUCUUGGGGCUCAUCUAUUUGGUGCUGCUUCUGCUGGGUCCCCCAGCCACCAUCUUUGACAACUAUGACCUACUGCUUGGCGUCCAUGGCUUGGCUUCUUCCAAUGAGACCUUUGAUGGGCUGGACUGUCCAGCUGCAGGGAGGGUGGCCCUCAAAUAUAUGACCCCUGUGAUUCUGCUGGUGUUUGCGCUGGCGCUGUAUCUGCAUGCUCAGCAGGUGGAGUCGACUGCUCGCCUGGACUUCCUCUGGAAACUGCAGGCAACAGGAGAGAAGGAGGAGAUGGAGGAGCUCCAGGCAUACAACCGGAGGCUGCUGCACAACAUUCUGCCCAAGGACGUGGCCGCCCACUUCCUGGCCCGGGAGCGUCGCAAUGAUGAACUCUACUAUCAGUCGUGUGAGUGUGUGGCUGUUAUGUUUGCCUCCAUUGCCAACUUCUCUGAGUUCUAUGUGGAGCUGGAGGCAAACAAUGAGGGUGUCGAGUGCCUGCGGCUGCUCAACGAGAUCAUCGCUGACUUUGAUGAGAUCAUCAGCGAGGAGCAGUUCCGGCAGCUGGAAAAGAUCAAGACAAUUGGUAGCACCUACAUGGCUGCCUCAGGGCUGAAUGCCAGCACCUACGAUCAGGUGGGCCGCUCCCACAUCACUGCCCUGGCUGACUACGCCAUGCGGCUCAUGGAGCAGAUGAAGCACAUCAAUGAGCACUCCUUCAACAAUUUCCAGAUGAAGAUUGGGCUGAACAUGGGCCCAGUUGUGGCAGGUGUCAUCGGGGCCCGGAAGCCGCAGUAUGACAUCUGGGGGAACACAGUGAAUGUCUCUAGCCGUAUGGACAGCACGGGGGUCCCCGACCGAAUCCAGGUGACCACGGACCUGUACCAGGUUCUAGCUGCCAAGGGCUACCAGCUGGAGUGUCGAGGGGUGGUCAAGGUGAAGGGCAAGGGGGAGAUGACCACCUACUUCCUCAAUGGGGGCCCCAGCAGUUAGCAGGGCCCAGCCACAAAUUCAGCUGAAGGGACCAAGGUGGGCAUUGAGAGGACUCUGUGCUCGCUGGGUGGAGCUGUGGCAGGGGGCACUGGGCCUCUAGACCCUGCUAACCACAAAAGGGAACACCACAGCAGGCUGUGCUUGGAUUAUGCUCUACUGCCCUCAAGCUGGUGAACAAGGGGCUACCUACCAAGAGGAUUAUUGCAAGUGACUUUCUUUCUUAAUUGGGGCAGGGCUGCUCCCUCUCCAAUCUUCCAGCUUUUGGGAGCAGGGGAGGGGUCAGUAACAGAAGCAGAGGGAGCUCUCUUGCCUGAGGGAUUAAAAUGGCAGCUUGCCAUGCCUAUCCCUUCCCUGUCUGUCUGGGCAGCAGGUUCAGGGCUGGGCCCUUCUUUUCCCUCUUUUUUCCUGGGAAUAUUUUGUACAAUAUUUUGUACAAAGAUAGGCAUGAGGAGUGCCUAUUCCAUGCUUGCCUUUGCAAUACCUGCAUCCCCAGCACUGGUCUUGGGCACUUCCCCACCCCAGCCAGGUGUCCCUCCUAAGCACAGGGCAAAGGAGGGAGAUGCUCUGGGGAGCCAGCUCUGGCCAUAUUUCAGGAGAAUGUUUCCAUGUGCCAAAUCGUAGUCCCAUGAUCUGUCCCCAAAGGGGAACAAAGGGACCUCUGACAGCUUAGAUUUAGCCCCAGUUCCUGCACGCUCCAGGGAACGAGGUGUCUGGCCUCACUGGUACUGUGAAAAUGCUCAGAGCGCAAUCCUGUGUGUGGGGAUGUCAGGUCAGGAGCUGGAAGUUCACCUGUAGGUGCCAAAGAACAGGCCGGCCAGGGCUAGGGCAGUGCCAGACUCUGAUCUAAGGACCCCAAAGGGGUGCUGAUCAGGUCACUCUGCCCCAGUGCUCUCUUGCUGUCUGCUGGCAAGGGGCCAUGGAGCAUCUCUCCCUCUUCUGUUGCCAAAUAGAAAAGGGUCAGGGCAUGGAGAAAGAUGACCCUGAGCCCAAACCUGCCCUCCCAAGUCUCGCGUUGGGGAGGGCCUGUGUGUUUGUGUAACUGUGUGUGCAUGUUGGUCUUUGUGUGCAUAUCUGUUUUCCAGGUCUGUGUGAGUCCUUGUGCUCCUGCUCCUCAGCUCUCCACCCCAGGUCGCCUCUCUCCUGUGGGCCUCUGUCUUCUGGGAAUAAAGCAGGGUUUCCUAUUCCAGGGGCUGUAGAGAGAUGCCCAGGUUGCACAGGAGUGGGAUGGGGUGUGGUAGCAAAAGGAGGGAGAGGAGUCCUUUUUGUGCCAAAUCCCUAAGUGCCGUUUGGGGCCAUGUGUGCAGCGUGACUCCCCCUGCCUGUGGCAGGGACCUAAGCACUUGCUUGAGCCCCAGUGCUCCAUGCAGCACUUGAACUGUCUGGGGUUUGGUGGACAGAGGCUCAGGAAUUUCCUGGGUUCCCCAGAUAGUGUCCUGGGACAUGGUUUGCUUUGGGGCUAGGGUAGCAUGGGAUCCCUCUGAGGACCCAGAUACUGGUACUAGGGACUGGGGAAGGGGAACCUUAAACUUGGCUUUUCCCAGCCUUCAUCCUGAUUCUAGCAUGUUUCUGGCUCCCAGGCCCUUGUGAAGCCUUGAGGGCUGGCAGAAUGGUUAGGAAGUUGAACUCUAGAUUCCCUUCCUAUCUUUGCCUUCCUUCCUUUCCCUGCAGCCUCCUUGAUUCUGGCCUGAAUUUGGUUGUGCCUCAGUUUCUCUGUCUAUAUCUAUUUAAGCCAAAGGCACUAGCCUGAAUUUUGCUUGAAGAUCACUUUGUCUCGGAAAUGACUAGAGAGGCAGAGGAGAAGGGUUUCCAGAGUUGCUGGGUUUGGGAGUGGAAGGGGCAGGCAGUGCACUUGCCCUUCUUCAUGCAUCUUCUGAUACCAGCUCCCUGUGGAGGCCUAGUUUCUGGGUACCACCUCCCUUGGGCAUCUUCAUGCACCAACCAAAUGGGCCAUCAGGUACUUCAUUAGUCAUGGCAGAAGAGGGGAAAAGACUUGUUAACAGACAGAAAAUCUGCUCCCCUGCCCCCAGCCAUAUCCCUGGAUAGGAAGGGAUAGGAAGAGACUACUUGGUGCCAUGAGGUAGGGGUGAGGGUGUAAGUAGAUCAGAGUGGGAAGACCUCAGCCUUGGGUGGCUUGUCUCUGCUUCUUGCCAGGUGGGAGGGCCUGUCCACAUCCUGGCUCCCUGUACCACAGUGCCAGCCAUGCCCUUCCCCUGGGCUACCAUUGCCCCUUUCCUCACCAGUUGGUGGAGGAGUCAGGAGAUGGGAGGCCAUGGGCUUUGGUUUUAUAAUGUAACCACUGUGGGAGGGGGGAGGAUGGUGUACCAUGUAUUUCAGUGAAAUAUUUAAUAUAUUUAAAUAUCAAUAAAAUCAAACUCUUUGUAAAA